AUGACGUUUUGGGCGCUGGUUACCAACAGGACUGACCUCCUGUGCAACGGCCUCUUAGGCCAGAGCGUGAUCUCUGCUAGAAGAGACUUUGGGUCAUUUCAUUCAUCCAAUGUGCAAGAACUUCUUGGAACUUUAAAGGCAGGAAAUUACGUCCCUCCUUCGUUGCCGUUUGACCUACCUCAGUUUUUGUAUGGAAAUGGAAAUUUACCGUCAUUUGGUCAAGAGAUGAGGAAAAAGCAUUUCCUUCUUGAGGAGGAGACAACAUUUAUUAAUCACGGUGCUUUUGGCGGUACUUUGAAAGAUGCUCUGGAUGUUGCCCAGGAAUGGCAAGUACAUAUUGAACGACAACCACUCCGGUUUUAUGACAGAGAGCUGCUUCCUCAUCUGGUAUUUGUCACCAAGCGAUUAGCUGAGUUUGUGGGUUGCUCUCCCGCUGAUUUAGUGCUGGUAUCAAAUGUUACCAUGGCAAUGAACUGUGUUGUAAGAAGUCAGGAUCUGAAGCAGGGAGACACAGUAUUCAUGCUAAAUGUGACCUAUGGUGCUGUGAAAAAGCUUCUUCAACAAGUUUGUGAAAAACGAGGGGCAACACUGCAGGAAGAAAGUCUGGAAUUUCCGUUACUUGGACCAAGUCAGAUUAUUACAAAAGUGAAGGAGUCUUUGCAGCCUGGGACAAAAUUGGCUGUGUUUGAUCACAUUCCCAGCAAUGCAUCAUUUAUCAAUCCAUUGCCAGAAAUCAUUGACAUCUGUCACAAAAGGGGUACGAAAGUACUUAUCGAUGGAGCCCACGCACUUGGUGUAAUGGAUCUGAAGCUCAGCUCUCUAGGUGCUGAUUACUAUACAUCCAAUUGCCAUAAAUGGUUCUGUAGCCCAAAAGGUUGUGCUUUCUUGUAUGUAAAGCAAGAGCUCCAAAACUCCUUGCAGCCACUUGUGAUUUCACAUGGAUUCGGCUUUGGCUUCAGUUCUGAGUACAUCUGGACAGGUUUAAAAGACUACACAGCUUUCCUGGCUCUUCAUACUGUGUUGGACUUCUGGGAAUCUGUGGGUUUGGAGAGAAUUCGAGGAUAUAUCAAAGACCUUGUGUCCCAAGCUGUGGAUUUACUAGUGAAUCGUUGGAAAACUGGAUUGCUGGCCCCAAGAGAAAUGUUUGGCUCUAUGGCAUGUGUUCGACUCCCAGACUGUCUACUUAACAAUGGAUAUGCAAAUUAUGAGCAGGCAGAGAUCAUCCAGAAUGUCCUUUACAGCCAGUAUAACAUUGAGGUGCCUAUCAAAGCAUUGGGAGGAAAGCUGUAUGUUCGGAUCUCCAUACACAUCUACAAUGAACUGAAGCAGUACCAGAAACUUGCAGAUGCAAUUGAAGAAAUGACACAAGAGUAGGACAGAGAGCCAAGGCACUUAGCCUUUAGUUUUCUGGUUAACUGUGUUCUUACUGCUAUACUUAAAUCAUUUCCCCUUGUACAUGAAUCUACCAUUGAAGAUACUUACAAGAGGCAGUUCUGUUUUGACUGCCCAGCUGAGAUCCAGUAUGAGAGCAGCAUCGCAUGGAGUGAUACUCCAGCCUUGUUGCAGAUUAAUGGCAUAAAUUAGAAUUGUGAAAACAACUGGAUGCAAACGACAGCAUUGCCAGGAGAGCCAAUGUGUCUUCAUAAGUGUUGGACUUUCCAUUUCUGCCAAUGGCAGUUUAUCCAUAAAGAUCAUCAAAGGUGAAGUUACAUGUAUUAUAAUAAAGUGUCUACAUUUUGU